AUGAAGUAUUCUGCUAUUGCAUUGAGCUUGCUGCUCGCUGGCACUUCUCAAGCCAAGCAGUACGGCUUCCUGAAAGAUAAUGGCGACGGAUCUUGGAUCAUCGGCAAUGAUGUCUGGAAUAUGACGCAAGAGCAAAUCUAUGGUUCUAAGCUGUAUUACAAAGAUCAGGAACUUGUUGGAGAAGCCACAGGUCACUAUGUUAGCUACAAUGGAGCGGCUAGUAACCUUGCCUGGACGAGUGCAAAGAUCGUCAAGACUGGAAGCAAUUACGUCGAUGUCCAAUUUGAUGCAGCAGAAGGUGAAAUGCACUGGGUCAUCUUCAACGGCCUUGCCGGUGCAUAUCAAUACUUUGUCAACCGAGCUCUGCCAGUUCUGGGAGAAUUCAGAACGCUUUGGCGACUCGACAAUGAGACAUUCACAAGCGCGUACAACGCAGACAAAGAUGGAGUAUUACCUCCUCUGUCAGAGUAUGCAAUUUCGACCAAAAUCCAGGAUGAGACUUGGAAGACUCCUGAAGGCGAUUAUCUAACUAAAUACGAUUGGUCUGGGUUUGUCAGAGAGCAAGAGUAUUGGGGUGUUUAUGGUGAGAAGUUUGGCAGCUGGUAUUUGCAUCCUGGCAAGGACUACUUCAAUGGCGAUCACUUGAAGCAGGAGUUGAUGAACCACCGCGAGUCAGCCACCGGUGAUGCUGUUCAGCUCAACAUGAUCCACGGAACCCACUUUCAAGCUCUGUCCAACGACGUGCUACCAAAUGGCAAGAUCUGGGGCCCAUGGCUCUGGUAUCUGAAUGACGGCUCAAAGACAGAUGUCGCCCGUCGCUACAACAACGAGAUCAACUCUUGGCCCUACAAGUGGCUUGAUGACGCCGCAUACAAGUCUCGUGUCGCUUCUGUGACCGGUAAACUUCUUCUUUCGGAUGGAAGACCUGCCGCAGGUGCUGCUGUCUUCCUUGGCGACAAUCAUCCUAAUAAAACGACAUUGGACAUGGGUAGUGAUUACUACUACACCACUUACGCUGGCAAUGAUGGUUCCUUCCGCUUCAUCGACGUCAGAAUUGGCGUGUACGCUCUCCAAGCUUGGUCGAAUGGCGGCAGCAUUGGCGAUGUAACGACAACAUAUCUCAAGAACGAUGUGGACGUCUCUGACUCCCCAACAAGCAAAACUCGUCUUGAAAAGUUGACUUGGUCUGUCCUAAAAUCAGACACCAUCUUCCAAGUCGGCGGAUUCGAUCGCAAGUCCACUGGGUUUGCAUUUUCUGGCGGUUUUGGCGCUGGCAGAGUUGCGAACUGCCCAGCAAAUCUCACCUACACAGUCGGUAGCAGUCAAGAAAGUGACUGGUGCUUUGCUCAAAACGCAAUUGGAACUUACCGGAUUGCCUUCCCUCUUUCGGCUUCGAACAUUACAAACGACGCUCUCCUUACCGUCAGUCUUGCCGGCUAUAGUCAAGGCACUACCGUCAACAUUUUUGCCAACGAAGUUCGUAUUGGCAAUCUCAGUAGCAGUGGUAUAUUGUCGGAUCCUAGCUUGUAUCGCUCAGGUACCGUGGCUGGAGAAUGGCAUCAAUUCGAGUUCCCGAUCAAAGGGAGUACAUUCAAGACGAAUAACAAGAUUGACUUUCGUGUGAUGAGUUUAUCGUCGAGUCUGUGGAGGGGACCUAUCUACGAUGCAGUCAAGUUAGAGUGGAUCUAGAGUUUUGACUUGGCUAAUAUACAGAGGACCUCGUAACGAUUGAUUUAUCUUCUGACCGCGUCCCUAUCAUCAUGCCACGUAUAUAGAUCAUAGAUCUGAUUAGCUUCGUGUGAUGGUUGACGAAG